AUGACCGGCACCGCCGCUGCUUCGUACACUGCCUCGAGCAUCACCGGCUCCGGGGCAGGGCCAGACCAUGGCUUCAGAACAUCCGGCUCGACCGCCUUGUCAAGCCCCUCACCAGAGCCUGCUCAUCCGUCCGCUCGCCCUGCGUCGGCAGCUGCGCCGGUCGUGGCUGUACACCAACUCGCCGAUUUCGAUCCCCAACAUCAAGAACGAGGCUCACCGAGCUCGAUUGCCAGCUCUUCCCGCAUCGCCGUCAAUGCUGACCCUGCCUCUAUCUCCGCCCCUCGCGCCGCCGCGGGAGAUGCGACCGUCGUCAAUCGCUCCCGCUCCAGCUCUGUGAGCGCCGCCAUCAAGGCGACGUUCCAUCGGCCCUCGACGAGUUCGGGAAGUUCAUCACCGGCCCCCUCGACAAAGGUCAAGAGUAGGCUGAGGGCCGGCACGUGGAAGGGCAGCGGCGUGGGCCGCAAGUCGGAGCAGUCGAGCCGACCAGAACUGCCCAGCUUCGACGGAUCGGACCGCACUCCGCGGGCCAGCAUAUACGAGAGCGUGGCCGACCCGAAGCAGGCCGAGUACUCAUCAUCCUCAUCUUCAUCGCCGGCGGCAGUGGCGGCCGCCCCGCAGCCGCAGCUCAGUGGUGUCGAUGCUCACGGCGGCGUGCCAAGGCGAAAGCUAUUUGGGCGGAGCAACAGCAUCCGCGACAUGGCCAAGCAAGGGCUGCCGGAGCCUAGCAACAGGGAAGGGCACAAUAUCCUCCGCCGCAUCGGCAGCAGGAGCUUCUUCGGCGCAGGUUCAUCCAAGGACGCCAUGCGCUCGACCGAGAGCCUCGCCUCGUCGGCCAUCAUUGAAGGAGCGCCGAGCCACCACAGCAGCGCCAGGCAGCCCGACCCGGCGAGGCUCGGUCCCGCAUCGGCAUGGCAGAGGAAAAAGGGCAGACAAAAGCAGAACAGCGACUCGGACUCGAUCUAUUCGCUCUCCAACUCGAUCUCGGAGCUGGGUCCGACCGAAGUCGAGACGCCGAACCAGGCGGCCGUCAGUCCUGCGAUCGAGAGGGAAAGCAUGGAGAGCAGCCAUUCCGCCUUUUCCGCCAACGUCGCCGGCCGCGCAGCCCGAGCCUCAGUGGGGGGAGACGUCCGGUCCGAAGCGCAUCUCGUCGUCCCCAACCACCACGCCAGCGUCAGCCCUUCCGGUCUGCCAAAGCGGCUCAGCGGCUGGCUGCUCAACAUGAUGGGCAACGAAGCUGCCUCUGCCGGCACCGACUCUGCCGCCGCGUCCGCCAAUGCGCGUAGAGUCGAUGCCGACGGUGGAUCAGUGCGUAGCGCCAGCAAGAGCCCAUCGCUGGGCACGAGCUCUCCCCGCGCCACAUCACCAACCAAGGAGCUCGAGCCUCCCGCCACGUCCUCGGCGCUAUCGACCAGCCCGGGGGCAGCGGGCUCGUCUCGCGCAAAGACCGGCUCCUUGCUCUACAGCUUUACCGGAGGUCCGCACAAGCCUCCUCGAGCAGGGGCGCCCCAGGGCUCGGGCUCCACUUCGAGCACGAGCGCGAGCACCGGCGUUGGCGCAGGCUGGAUGGCUGGUGGCGGCGCCAGCUUCGACCGAGCUCUCAAAUACUUCCUCGAUACCGAGGCUGAGCCAAGCGAGGAAGGCAUCUGGCUGCUCGGAGUAUGGCAUGGACCGAGCGCCGACCCGCAAGGCGGCGUGCAAACCCCCGACGAGGUCAGCAACGAGACAAGCGGCGCGGCAUCGUCACUGCUGGACGGUCAAGUCGAGCGAAGCGAUCCGGUCGCGGCCGCAUCUGCGGACACACAGACCGAGGUGUUGAACGACGAGGCGGCUGCCGUGCACACGCCCGCCUCUGUCCAUGCCAGCCUGCCAGCUUCAUCGCCACAGACGGCAUCUGAGGACGGGUUCGUGCUGGCUCGCAACCCUCCUACCCCGCAGACCUCGCCAGUCAAGGUGAGGAGCUUCAAGGGUCGCUCACAGCCGAGCAGCGCCACCAACACCAUCCGAAGCACAUCGACCGAGCAGAGCGAGCGGUCGUCGUCGCCCGCGACCAGCGCCCAGCACCAUCCGGCCCGGUCGCUCACCGAUCAGGACUGGCAAGCUGCUUUCCAGGCCGACUUCAGCUCACGCGUCUGGUGCACGUACCGCAACAACUUUGGUCCGAUUGCGAGAGACGGCACCAUCUCCGAACAGGCCGCAUCCGCGGCGGCUCUUGCCUCUGCCCAGGCCGAUGCUGAUGCUGCUCUCGGGUUCGCUGCUGCGGCCCCUAGCUCUGACAGGGCCGCACAGCAGGCCACGUCAGGCGGCAGGAGCUGGCUUGGACGUAAGCUCACGGAGAGCAGCGUUGGUCGCGAUGGCCUCACGCCAACAUCGAUUGCCGCCUCGGCCGCAGCAGCUGCCGCAGCCGGCAGUGCGACUGGCCUCGCGACCAGCCCGACGUCGCUUGGUGAAAAGAUGGGCAUCACCGGCCUAUGGGGUCGGGCGACCGCGGCCGCGCAGGCUGCCGGCUUCAGCCGAGCCGGUCUCACGACCGACGCAGGCUGGGGCUGCAUGCUGAGGACGGGCCAGAGCCUGCUGGCCAACGCGCUCAUCGAUGUCCAUCUCGGGCGCAGUUGGAUGCGCCGACCCGCUCCGGUGGCCCAGAGCAAGCUUGAGGAGCAGCUCGGCGAGGAUCAUACCGACGCGGCCGCCAUGAGCGAGUUCCGCAGGGCGCGGAAGACCUAUGCGACAUACGUCAAGCUGCUCAGCUGGUUCCUGGACGAUCCGAGCCCGGCCUGCCCCUUUGGCGUCCAUCGCAUGGCGCGUGAGGGCAAGCGGCUAGGGAAGGAGGUUGGCGAAUGGUUCGGUCCCAGCACAGCUGCUGGCGCAAUCCAGGCCUUGGUCACCGAGUUCCCCGAGGCCGGUUUGGGCGUGGCGCUGGCCCACGAUGGGUCCGUCUACCUCGACGAGGUCCGAGCCGCUGCCGUCAAGCGCACGUCGGCCUCGCGACGGCGGUCGAGCCAAGCCUGGCAAAGGCCAGUGUUGAUCCUGAUCGGCAUCCGACUCGGCCUCGAAGGCGUCAACCCGAUGUACUACGACGCGGUCAAGGCUACGUUCUCCUUUCCGCAAAGCGUCGGCAUCGCAGGCGGUCGACCAAGCUCGUCGUACUACUUUAUGGGCCACCAGGGCAACAGCCUCUUCUAUCUGGAUCCGCACCACGUCCGCCCGGCCGUGCCGCUGCGCUACCCACCCAGUCGCUUCCCGUCAGCGGCAUCAUCGGCGGACGAGGGUUCGCCGGACGACGACGCCGACGAGUGGUGGGCGCAUGCGUACAGCGAGCAGCAGCUCGCCACGUUCCACUCCGACAAGGUUCGCCGGAUGCCCAUCAAGAGCUUGGACCCCAGCAUGCUGCUCGGCUUUCUCUGCAAGGAUGAGGCGGAUCUGCAGGACUUCUGUGCGCGCGUCAAGGCCAUGCCAAAGUCGAUAUUCGCGUUUGCAGACUCGGCUCCGCGCUGGGCCGACGACGACGACUUCGAUCCAUCGAUGGAAUCGUUCUCGGAGUCGUCGGUGGGCGAAGUCGAGGACGAUCGCGAUUCGACAGAGGAUGAAGGCGCCGACGAGGACGAGGUUGAUCGCGGCGGCAACCUAGCCGAGGCUCGCAGCGACCGCGAUGGCCCUCUGCCGUUCCCGAGCGGCCAAUCGCGAACGCGAGAGGCGCGAGACGACUCGCCCUCGUCGACCGUGGAUGUUCCAGUCGAGCCUCAGCCUGCCGCACGUGCUCUCGGUUACCGGCGUCCUGCCUCCCGCGGAACCGAUAGAAGCCAAGCUGGUGGUGGCAUGCUCGCCUUCCCCUCCCUGGAGCGUCCCGCCAUGGGCCAUGGAGAUCGUACAGCCACCGUUCGACCCGACAGCGUCGAGUCGAGGCACGUCUCGGGAUCAUCCGAGGCCACGACGCGAGCAGCUUCUCGUACCCGGACCGGUACCGGGGCCCGGAGGAUCUCGAGCACCCUGCCUGCAGCGCGGCACAACCGGCAGGCGCCCUCGCCCGUCACGGGCGACGAGAGCUUCUCGACGAUCAGCUUCAGUGACACUGAGGUCGGCUCGGCAUGGGAGGAGGUCUCGGAAGGCGGCACGGUCGCGGGCGGCGAGAGCCACGCAUCUGCAGGACGCACCGAGGCCGCCGCGCCACCACCGGCAGAGACGCAGCCGGCCGAAUUCGCAGCGCUCGACACGCCGACCGACGAGCGGAACCGACCCGUUCUGGUGACGUCGUCGCCGUCGGGCUACGCCGUCAACGGGGCACCGCUGUCGGCCGCGACAGCGACCCAGCAGCACCUCGACGGGCCAGCCUCGACGGCCCACGCGCCGCUGCGCGACCUGCCGCGGCGUCGCUCGCGCCUGGAUCGGUCUCCGAAGAUGGAUCAGGAGCCGCCAACGUCGACGCCGACGUCGACGCAGACGCAGACGCAGCUCGAUUCCCCACAACCUGCACACCUUAUACCCCAUGCGAAUGACGCCGUUGUCGCCGCCAACGCCAACGCCGACGCUGCCCCUCGACCGGGGAGCAGCAGCGAUGUCGACGACUUUUAG